AUGGGACCACGAGUUCAUGACGGAAAGAACUGGGUGGAUAUCACCGUAGAUGCCAACAGUGAUGGAAAGCCGCCUGCUCCCUCGGAAGACGGGGAUGGGAAGAUCUUUGUUGUCAUUCCCUCCUUUAGAGAUGGAAAACGAUGUGCUGAUACCCUCGAAUCUUUAUUCGAUAAUGCCGCUGAUCCCGACAAUAUCAUUGUGGGAAUUAUUGAACAGAAUGCACCAGAAGACCAGUUUUGCUUGGAAGUUUACUGUGCCAGAAAAGGAAUCGCAAAACACUAUAAGCGACAAACCAUUCGCAAGGAUGUCACAAAACUUAUUGCCGAACCUGAACGGUUGCAAUGUCCUCGAUUCAACCAGAUCCGACAGCUUGCAUUUCACAACAGGUCUGCCAAGGGACCUCUCUAUGCCAGAGCCAUGACCCGAAAAAUCCUAGGAAACGAGGAAUUCUGCAUGCAAGUGGACUCCCACUCGUCCUUUCGAAAAGACUGGGACAAGUUGGCAAAGGAAGAUUGGAAAACGACAAACAAUGAAUUCGCCGUCAUUAGUCACGUACCGGCCAAACAGGGAGAGCAAGUCGAGCAUGAAGAUGGCGGGGCGCAGCAGAUGGAAGUUCCCAGACAGUGCCUUACCAAGUUCCAAGAUAAUGGUGUUCCUAACUACUUGGCGCCAGGAGAUGGAAAGGCAGCAGACCUUACGACUCCACUGUUGGGAAACACAUGGUCGGCUGGUUUCAGCUUUGCCAAAUGCCACUUGGAAGAAAGUGCCCCUUAUGAUCCCUUUGCACCAUACAUUAUGGGUGGGGAGCAAUUUCCUCGCUAUGCAAGGAUGUGGACCAGAGGUUACGAUGUAUACACUCCAACCCGCAGUCUCGUCUUCCACAGCUAUCAGCCCAACCCAGAUGGCCAUGGAAUGAACGAAUGGUACCGCCAGCGUAGGGAACGCAUUCGUAGUCGUUCUCUGCUCAGGAUUAAGACUUCACUAGGAUUGAAGGAUGGUGAUACCAGCGACACUGCUAAGGCUAAUAUGGGUAUCUACGGUGUUGGAAAGAGGCGAACCUUGGACCAAUUCAACGAUUACGUGGGAAUCAAUUUGGCGGCCGGAACAGGGAAUAGUUUGAACUUGCAAUGCGCCAACUUGAAGUUCGUCCCUUAUAACGCCGAUAUCUCUCCAACCGACAAUCUGUAUGACAACCCGAAUGAUCUGGAUACACAGCCCGAGUUUCCCAUGAGAACGAACCUGCAGUACUACGAGCAGGUAGAUCAAGCUAUUGCUCCUCCGCUCGAACUCGAUUUCAGCGAGCAAGAAGCUCUUGCCGGUCUUGGAAAGCAGGGCAUGACACCAACAACUGAGAAGUAUCCGUUCCCACCUGCAUCAACUAUGCUUACCCUCUGGUUCAUGGGACUGGCUCUAUGGUGUGUUUUUUUCAUGAACUCUGGUGGGAAGAAGUCCCGUCGUAUGAAAGGUGGCGGUGUCAAGAAUGUCUAG